AGCCGCAACACGACCAAACAACGCCGCCGCCGCCCCAUCCCACGCCUUCCCCUCUCGCAUUCAAUAUCGCAUUCCCUGUCCCUACUUCACCUGGGAGAUAGCAAAUACCCCGACACCCGACAGAUAAACCCCACGACCCCGCCACCAUGUCUAGCGGAGAAGUGCUCAAGGCCGACAAGGACUUUACCAAGGAGGUCGAUGCGGCUAUUCCAGAGGCGGAGAAGCUAGCUUCUAGCAAUCCGCAAGCUGGAAUCGACAAGCUGCUCACGCUUGAGAAGCAGACCCGCCAGGCUUCAGAUCUUGCCUCCACUUCCCGCGUCAUAAUCGCCAUCGUCACAAUAGCAAAGAAUGCGAAGGACUGGAACUUGAUGAACGAGCAGGUCCUGCUCCUCUCCAAGAAGCAUGGACAGCUCAAGCAGGCCACCACCAAGAUGGUGCAGACAGUCAUGGGAUUCAUGGAUGAGACUCCGAACCUAGAGACAAAGCUAUCCGUCAUCGAGACGCUACGGACAGUCACAGAGGGCAAGAUCUUCGUCGAGGUCGAGCGUGCCCGAGUAACCCGUAUCUUGUCCAACAUCAAGAAGGAACAAGGCGACAUCGAUUCAGCGACGGACAUCCUCUGCGAACUGCAAGUCGAGACCUUUGGCUCUAUGACCCGUCGUGAGAAGACCGAGUUCAUCCUACAACAAGUGGCGUUAUGUAUACAAAAGGGCGACUGGACACAGGCCGGUAUUUUGAGCAGGAAGAUCAGCACACGGUACUUUGCGCGGAGACCGAAGAAAACCCCCGAGCAGCUGGAGAAGGACCAGAAGGAGCGGGAAGAAAAGGAGAAGAACCGGAGCGCCGACGACCCGCCCAUUGAGCCUGAGGACGAUGUAACGGAUCUGAAGCUCAAGUACUACGAGCAGCAAAUUACCCUGGCCAAGCACGACAACAAGUACCUGGACGUCUGCAAGCACUACCGACAAGUACUGGAUACCGAGGCUGUAGAGGAGGACCCCGACAAGCUUCGUGCGAUCCUCCAGCGCGUCAUCUACUUCAUCAUCCUCGCACCGUACGACAACGAACAGUCCGAUCUCAUCCACCGCAUCCAACGCGACUCGCGCAACUCUCAGAUCCCACAAGACGCACAAUUAGUCAAGCUCUUCACUGUGCCUGAGUUGAUGAGGUGGCCGAUGGUUGCGAAGCAGUUCGGGCCUCACCUCACGGAAACUGAUGUAUUCGAUGCGGAGAAGGACGACUCGGAUGACCCCAAGGCAUUCCAGAGGUGGCAGGAUCUCCGCAAGCGUGUCAUCGAGCACAACGUUCGCGUCGUGGCCAAGUACUACACACGUAUCCAGAUCCCACGCCUGACAGAGCUGCUAGAUCUGACCGAGGAUGAGACGGAGAAAAACAUUAGCGAGCUGGUGUCUGCAAAGACCAUAUACGCGAAGAUUGACCGACCCGCCCGCAUUGUCACCUUCUCGAAGCCCAGGGACGCAGACGAUGUGCUGAACGAAUGGAGUGGAAACAUGAAGAGUUUGUUGGGUCUGCUCGAGCGCGUUGACCAUCUUAUCACCAAGGAGGAGAUGAUGGCGCGUAUCCAACCCACAAAGGUGGACAAGAGCAAGGCGGUCAAGGGCAAGGCGAAAUAGGAUCCGCGAAGACCCUCAGGUAUCGGCAAUCGAUGUACGAAGUUUGGGCAGCAAUUGGUCGUCUAAUGGCCUUGCAAGGUACAGCACUCACGAUGAUGAUGGAUGAGUAGUGGCACGAUAGUCUAUGAAUUAGUGCGUAUGCAAGACGACCACGAAGCUCAUGUGUUUACCGUUGCGCUGCGUAGGUUUACGUUUAACAAGUCGGACUGCUGGUCUGGGCGCAUGAAGGAAGAGUUAGACAACCUAGGCAUCUUGCAUAGGAUAGUAAAAUAAAUUAAAGCAAUUGCUAG